AAGAGACCCCGUAGCUGUCACUUCAACAAAAAUCACCUCCCCCAAUUGACGCCGCAACCUCCUCUGCCCGACAUGGAGCGUCACGCGCAAGCCGUCGGCAAGAUCGCCACCGCUGUCCGCGGCUUCUUUGAGCGGCGAGAAGCCUACCGCAUCUUCCACGGCUCGACAAACAGCACCCGCCCGCGCCCCCGAGGCGGCGUCGUCGAUAUUAGCAGCCUGUCCAACGUCCUCUCGGUCGAUCGUAGCGCCCGAACAGCGCUUGUCGAGCCCAAUGUCCCCAUGGACCGCCUUGUCGAAGCAACACUCAAGCACGGCCUCGUGCCCCCCGUCGUCAUGGAGUUUCCCGGUAUCACAGCUGGUGGCGGCUAUGCGGGUACAGCCGGCGAAAGCAGCUCAUUCCGCCACGGUUUCUUCGACGACACCAUCAACUAUGUCGAAAUGGUGCUUGGAAACGGCGAGGUUGUCAAGGCGUCACGCACCGAGCGCGAGGAUCUGUUCCGUGGUGCUGCCGGAGCAGUCGGCACUUUAGGCGUCACAACCAUGAUGGAGCUCCAGCUGAUCCAGGCGCGCAAAUUCGUCAAGACAACAUAUCACCGAACGAGCUCUAUUGCCGAGGCUGUCGCGAGAGUCAAGGCCGAAACCAAGAACCCAGAAAAUGACUACGUUGAUGGUAUCCUCUUCUCCAAGGACCACGGUGUCAUUGUCACGGGCACUAUGACGGACGAGAAGCCCGCCGACAAGCCUGUCCAGACUUUUAGUCGUGCCAAGGACCCGUGGUUCUACCUGCACGUCCAGGACCAGACCAAGGCGUUGCCGUCGGCGGGCCCUACCGUUGAGAACUCGGCGCCCGCCGGCUCGGUCGUCGACUACGUCCCGCUUGGUGAAUAUCUAUUUCGGUACGACCGCGCUGGCUUCUGGGUUGGUGCACAGGGCUGGAAAUACUUCAAGUUUGUUCCAUUCAACAAGUUUACGCGCUGGUUCCUGGACGACUUUAUCCACACACGCAUGAUGUAUAGAGCACUCCAUGCCAGUGGUGAGUCUGCUCGUUUUGUUGUCCAAGAUUUGUCGCUCCCAUACGACAAUGCCGAAGCUUUUGUCAAUUACACCGCCGACGAGUUCAACAUUUGGCCUCUGUGGCUCUGCCCUCUCAAGCACACGGUCCAGCCAACGUUCCACCCCCAUACUGGCAUUACUGAAAGGUCCGCAGACGGCACCAAAGAUGAGCCGGCGCAGAUGCUCAACAUUGGCCUCUGGGGCUGGGGCCCUGAGGACUUUGAGGAGUUCGUGGUGAAAAACCGUGGCCUAGAGGAUAAGCUGGAAGAGCUUGGUGGUCGCAAGUGGCUCUAUGCGCAUACAUACUACCCAGAAGACAAGUUCUGGAAGGUCUAUGAUCGUCCGCAUUACGACGCGCUCCGCGAAAAGUAUCACGCCACAACAUUACCAAACGUGUACGACAAGGUCAAGAUUGAUGUCGAGGCCAACCGUCUUAAUCGCCAAAAGCUUCGUCAGUCGGCUAAGGGCAAAUGGCCCGUCGGUGGUUUCUACGGUAUUUUGAAAUCCAUCCAAAGCAAAGACUACUUGCUGCACCGCAACGCUGAGUGGAAAUACAAAGGCGAACGGAACUAAAUCCAGUCCGGUCCAAGAGGUUCUGUAACAUAGAGUGGCGGCAGCCGGGCCAAGGUAAAACAUGUACAAUUAGAUCACAAAAGGAAAUGUAACUAUU